GCACUUCCUGUAUUUGUCGUCACAAGUUUGGAAGCAGCGUCAGUUUGGACACUUCUCAUUAGCAUUAGCAAGAAACGAAGAAACAACACAGAAACGAAACAGAUAGAGUCGCUACUUUAGAAGAUGCGGGGCCGCCACAGAAGCUCGCAUCUCGGCCUUCUGCUGCUGUUCUCGCAGCUCUACCAGGUGGGCUUAGACAACAUCCCCCCUGUCACCCUGGCCGUGCUGGGCCUCAACGCCUACCUUUUCCUGUUCCCUGCGGCUCCACUGAUGAAGGCAUGCGUGAGCGUCCAUCAGGCGUAUUGGUCGGGCGAGUGGCGCCGCCUCCUUCUGUCUCCUUUCCACCACGCCGACGACAUGCACCUCUACUUCAACAUGGUGUCGUUCGUCAUGAAGGGCAUCCGCCUGGAGCGUCGUCUGGGCGCCGUUUGGUUCGCGUACGUGCUGGCUGUCUUCUCGCUGCUCACCGGCGCGCUCUACCUGGCGCUGGAGGCGGGGCUCACCCAUCUCACUGAUGACCAGUCGUACAGCGCCGCCUGUGCUGUUGGAUUCUCAGGGGUGAUUUUUUCACUGAAAGUCCUGAAUAACUACUACCAUCCCGGCAGCUUGACAUACGUGAUGGGCUUCCCUGUGUCCAACCGCUACGCCAGCUGGGUGGAGCUGGUCCUCAUCCACAUCACAGCACCAGGGACGUCCCUGAUUGGUCACCUUGCGGGUAUCCUGGUGGGCCUCCUUUACACUGCCGGACCAUUGAAGAAGAUGAUGAAGAUGUGUGCUGGGUUGAUGUCAUCUCGCACCUUCAUGCCCAGAACGCACUUCACGUCCUCAGGCUACAGCGGUAGAAGCUCCAGAAGCGAUCAGCACACGGCGGAUGAUGGGGCGUCAAGGUACACGGGCGGAAUGACGGAGGAGGAGCAGCUGGCGGCGGCCAUCAGGAACAGUCUUCAUGGCACAGCACGCCACGGUGAUGGUUCGCCUCAGUUUGCCGCCCCACCUCCAUAUGGCUUCCGCUUAACGGAUGAGGAGCUCCGUGCCAGGAGGCUGAUGCGAUUGGACGCGUUCACGUGAAAAAGAAAAGAAGAAGAGGAGCUCAGAUCUUUUGAGAACGUUGGAAGCUUUGGCCUUUUGGAAACUUUUUAAUAGAUGGAUGUUUGUGAAGCACUUUUUUCUAUUCCUACAUUUUUUGUCUUUUUAUUUAUUUACUCACGGUGACUGUCAAUAAACAUUUGUAAUAAAAAUCGUUUUGUUGUCCCA